UUUUACGCAGCGCAUUCGCUUGGAGAGGCUCGAGGCGCAAGAUGACUGCAAACGAAUAAACGUGGAAUAUGUGCUGUACAUGAGCCUCCUCUUUCCUAAAGAAUGUCUAUAGGCUGCUGCAGUUCUCUACAGGGCUCAGGAACCACUGUUCAAGAGAUGCUGUGCUCCAACGUCUCCCAGGCGCUGCUUGAAAGCAACACCAAUGACUCCGCAUGCAGAACGGUGUCCGUUGGAUUCCCCAUAACCAUGAUGGUCACUGGUUUAGUCGGGAACUCUUUGGCGCUUAUUCUGGUGUCCAUAUCUUACAGAAGGAAGGAGAACCGGAGGAAAAAGUCUUUCUUGCUUUGCAUUGGAUCUCUGGCGCUGACGGACCUGUUCGGACAGCUCCUGACCAGUCCCAUUGUCAUAUCAGUGUACCGGGCAGGUCGGAAAUGGGAGAACAUAGACACCGAUGGUUGCCUCUGCUCCUUUUUCGGGGUUUGUAUGACAACUUUUGGAUUGUGCGCCCUCUUCCUGGCCAGUGCCAUGGCGAUAGAAAGAGCCAUGGCGAUAACGAACCCGCACUGGUACUCCAACCACAUGAAGACAAGUGUGACCAAACAGAUCCUGGCCGUCAUGUUUCUCCUCGUGCUGCUCUUUGCCCUGCUGCCCAUCGCUGGAGUCGGGGAGUAUCAGAAGCAGUGGCCGGGCACUUGGUGCUUCAUCAGCACCGGGGACAGCAAAGUGCCAGGAAACACCAUUUUUGCCGUCACUUUCGCCGCGCUUGGGAUUUUCUCUCUGCUGGUGACUUUGUCCUGCAACGUCAUGACGAUCCGGGGUUUGAUAAUCCGGUGUAAAACUAAGUCUGGCGCGUCUCAGGCUUCCAAACAGUGGGAACGGCUCACCACAGAAACAGUCAUUCAGCUGAUGGGGAUUAUGUGCGUCCUGCUCAUAUGCUGGUCUCCUCUACUGGUACUGAUGCUGAGGAUGAUCUACAACCGAAUGUCAUCCCAUGAGUGUGGCUUAUCAUCCACAUCUACGAACAGCAGGACUCUGGAUUGCAACUUUUUCCUGACAGCGAUUCGUCUGGCGUCCCUCAACCAGAUCCUGGACCCGUGGGUCUACCUGCUGCUCAGGGAGAUCCUCCUGCGCAAGUUCUGCAUCGUGGCCAAUGCCGUCUCCAACUGCUCCACGGAGGACCAGAAGGGCACAC